AUGACACCACAGCAGCUGGUUGAGUUUGGUUGGGGACUUGCAAAUAGCAAGUUCAUGUUUCCGUGGAUAAUUAGACCUGAUUUAGUUGUUGGUGAUUCAUCGAUUUUGCCACCUGAGUUAUUGGAAGAAAUUAAAGGAAGAGGACUAAUAGCUAGUUGGUGCCCUCAAGAGGAGGAGUGCCCAUGCUUUGUUGGCCAUUCUUUGGGGAUCAACAAACAAAUUGAUACUUGCAAUGAAUGGGGCAUUGGCAUGGAGAUUGAUAAUGGUGCCAAGAGAGGGGAAGUGGAGAAGAUUGUGAGAGAGUUGAUGGAGGGAAACAAGGGUAAUAAAAUGAAGAAAAAGGCCAUGGAGUGGAAAAAAUUGGCCGAAGAGGCCACUGGUCCACAUGGGUCUUCAUCCAUCAACUUAGACAAUUUGGUAAAUGAAGUGCUUUUAUCAAAAGGCUAG